UGCAAAUGUCCAAACCAGCAAGUUUAAAACAAAAUGGAGCAAAAUUCGAGAGAAGGGAGUACUCCAAGGAUUCCUAUUACUUAGGCUACAUGGUCAAAUUUAAAAAGCAAGGAAAGGGAACAAUGGUGUAUUCUAAGAAAAGUUAUUAUGAAGGCGAGUGGCAUCAGGACUCCAAGCAUGGACAAGGUAGUAUGGUGUUUGAGAAUGGGGAUCGGUACACAGGCCAAUGGGCUGACGAUAAGUACCACGGCUACGGCGAAUUCAUCAGUGCAACGCACUCUUACUACAAAGGAGACUGGAGGAACGGACACAAGCAAGGAAAAGCCGAUGAACUCACUGAAGACGGUGAGAGAUACAUCGGUGACUAUUGCUACAUCCCUACAGAGAACGGCAUGCAAAGCUGAAGACACGGCAAAGGAAAAAUUAUUUAUGAAGUAGGCGGCUGCGAAAGUUACGAAGGCGAAUGGGAUACCAACAAAUUUCAUGGCUCCGGCAUGGAAAGAUACAGAAGUGGAAAUUACUUCCAAGGCGAGUUUUACAAAGGCAAAAAGGAAGGCAAAGGGAGUCUAUACUUUAAGAAUCUGACGUAUCUUACUGGAGAAUGGUUAAAUGGGACCCUUGAAGGGUUCGCCACUUCUACUACAGGCCCAGAUGAUAUUUUACUCCAUGAAAUUGGUAAUAGGAAUCUAAGGGAAGUUCAAGCGAGAGGAAUGUAUUCUGAGACUGUCAGAAAUGGAAAGUUUAGAGUUUAUUUUCAAGACACCAAGUAUCUAGAUUGAGUCUAUGAUAAGGGCGUCAAAAAUGGUAGAGGUUAUCUCUAUCUUACACCAAAAUAAAUAUCUUAAGAUUUCCUUUAACAAUGAUGUGGCAAUUGAAGUGGAGGAGGUAUAUUCAUCAAAAAUGCCUCUUACGUGCACACCCUUUAAUAUUAUUUUGGAGAUGAAUAAAGAAGAAGACUUUAAAGACCCAGAUUUUCUUCCAAUAUUAGAAUCUAUUUGUGAUGAUGAAAUGAACCUCGAGUACGGAGAAUAUGGAUGGUUAUCUCCAGACGAGAUCUCCCAAAAGCGUUUCAAAAUCUUCCCUCAAGAUAGAGACUUUGAGAUAGAUUUUGAAGAUAACACUUCUCAGCACAUUAUAGUCUUAUUGAACCUGCUUUCUAAAGAUAUUACACACUUAGCUUCAAUGAUCCGUUUACCGCAAACUAAGAAUUAUCCUAAAUUUUUGACAGUUGCUGUCUAUGUCGAUGGAAAUAGGAUUGAUAUGUUGCUUGACACAUACAUUGUUGUUGAUGAGAAUGAGCAACCAAUUUAUCAUGACGAAGCACUCACUCAUUAUUUGUGGUCUUCUUUUGUCAUAAAGGCUCUUGCUAAAGUUUAUGGCAGCUAUGCUGAACUUGAGAAUCAGACUUUGGGGCAACUAUUAAAGACAGUUUAUGGGCCUGCAUUCUUAGAGUCUCAACUGGGUCUUUUGGAUGAUUAUAUAGGAACCCCUAUUGAAAAGCUCAUUAUUAAGGGAAGUAAGAGUAGUAUUAUUAACUUGUGAAGGGCUCUUCACAGCGUGAUCCUUAAGAUCAAAGAUAACUACUAUAUUAUUCUUAAAUGCAACGAAAAAGCAAUCAGUAUAGCUGAUAUUGUAUCCGCAAGCCAGAAGAAUAUUUCAUGGGAGAAUUUUAAAGAAAUGCUGAAGGAAGACCGAGACGAAAGCCUUAUAAGAAGAAGUUCAACAAUUACCUCAGCAAUGCCUAAUGAAGUGGCUCCUGCACAAUGCAUUUUUAGUUCGAUUUAUAACCCAAAGAAUUGCAAGAUUUACCAGACUGAAGUCAUCAGGAAAGUCCCAGUUGAUAUGGGUUUUCAUCAUAUUUUCUUCGAAUUCAAGAUGAUUACAAGAGGAAGUGUGUUUAUUAACAUCAUUAACAAGACCUUGCAUGACAACUCUAAGGAUGUACUAACAAAGCUCAGUAAACUAGCUCCAUGAAUGUACAUUCUGGCUAAGAAAGUAAGGAAAUCACCAGAAGAUUUGGCUAAAAUGGUUGAUUCUUCAAAAAUAGAUCCAAAAAUGCUUAAGCAUGAUGAUACUGUUCAAUUCUUAAUAAAGACUGGUAAAAUUAAGGAUCUGCAUGAUUAUGAAUUCGUCGAUGGAUAUUGCCAAGUCAAAAACAAUAGACUUGGAAAGCACCAUUUAUUAACACCAGGAACCUAUGUAAUCGCAGUAGAAACUCAAGUACUCCUUAAACCUAGUACUGCUAAAUAUGAUAUCGAGGAAGAUUUCAGCCAAGCUACUGAAACUAUUCAAAAGAUCGUGAACUUUUCAAUAUCAACAGUUUCUUCACAAAUUCCAGUAACGUUACGUGAGAUAAGAAUGAACUCAGACAGAUUUUUGAAAAGAUCCCUUCAGUCAUGCACACAGAAAUAUUCCAAAAUAGUCCCUCUAUCAGUGUCUAACUUGGUACCGGAUUGUAAGAGACAAGUAGAUGAGUUAGAGAAGAUCCAAAUCAGGAUGUGCACAAGGCUCGACCUGGGCUACGUCCUCUUCCUCGAGAACAACAGUGACAGCUAUAACCUAGAAUUUUACAACGAGUACGAGUGCAAGAACAUGACUGUGCUAGGGACUUAUGCAGGCAAGAGUGGGAGCCUGGAUGGAGGCGUUGUCAAUAAGAGCGUGAAUAUACAGAUAGGGCUUAAGCCGGGACAGAAACAGAUUUUGGUGUUCAAGCAGAUGAAUGGCAAGCCUUUUAUGAUCAAAGGAGGCGAGUUUCAGAUUCAGUUUAGUAGAGUGAGGUUUUAA